AUGUCUAAUGAGCCAUUGGAUUAUCAGCUUCAAAAACUUAAGAUCCGGUUAAAAACUUGGGAACACGAGUUUUCGCAUAAUCAAAAUCGGAAACCAACAAAACAAGAUGUGAAAUCAAAUCCUUCUAUUUCCCUACUCUAUAAAGAAUACUAUAAACUAAAGCAAAAGGUUGCUAAGGGUGAUGACAAAACAUCGACCCCAAGAAAGAAAAACGAAGGGACUUUGGAGCAGCCGGAAUUUCGAACGCCGACGAAAAUUCGGAAAAUCGAAAAACAUCCAUUUGAGCAGAGAACGCCAACGUCGAAGCCGCUAGAGUUGACACCCAAGAGUGCCGAUAAGAGCUUGCUAGGACCUACCCCACAGCUUUCACGAAGGGUAAUUAAUAUCUUUGAGGAUAUUUCGCCAAACCCAUCACCGAGCGGGAAAACCUCCCAAAUAGCGGAGACUUCUGUGCUGAGCAUUGCUGAAACUUCCUUACAGUCUAUGACGCCGACGACACCAUCUAAGCGGAUACGACCAUCUAUGAAUUUAUCCUCACCUUCUUCUGCCAUUUUUGAUACACCCACUACAUAUCGGACAGAAGUGCCGUCUUCUCCAAACUUUUUGCGAGUUUCGUCACGGUGUCGAAAAAGCUUGAGUGAAAUGAUACAAGAAUUAAAAGACAUUGAAGAUGAUUACGGAAAUGAUGAAGAGAGAAUUCUAGCAGAAGUGGAAGAAAAUGAGAAUUCCUCGUCGUUCUCAGAGUCUGAGGAAAACUCAGCACAAGAAUCCGCAAGACCAUUCAAGCGAAAAAUUAAAAGACAAAACCGAUUAGUGAAGCUUAAUGCCGAAAAGAGUCAUCUCGAUAGCAUGCCGGAAAUUGACGAGGAAGAAGAAGCUACAGCGGGUGACAUAGAUCAUGAGGAACAAGAAGAAAAUAAUCCCAAUAUGAUUGAAGGAUCUCCUUCAAAUAAUGUAGACUUGCAGGACUCUAAGCGACGUUUGAAAAAUGGCCUUUUGCUUGGAAAACAGGUAAGCCAAAAUUAUUCUUCUUACAAACUCAAUCGAGGAAAAGGAAAGAACUUUCGCUCUCGGAGGUAA